UAAACCCUAGUGUUACUGUAUCAGAACAAAGCCGGUGCCUCCGUCCCCUUCUCCCCCUGCUCGCUCAUUACCCUUUUUCGUCGAUCUAUUGGUAACUUUGUUCGUUUUUGGAUCUUUCACCAUGUUGGGUGCUCUAAAAACGUUCUGAUUUUGUUUAAUAUUGAUAGAUCUGUGCUUAUCUGUGUCUGACUUUUGAGUUUCUGUGAGUUUUAAUGUUUAUAUAUCUAUAUUUCUCAGAUGUAAAUUCCAUUCUGGAAAAUAAAAGAACUAUCUAGUCGCAUGUUGUUUGUAUUGAAAAUUCUUUAGGUCAGUGUGUAAAUUUGAUGAUUUUAUUCUCUCACGUGGAAAUAAAUCUCCAUCAACAUAUAUGUGAAUUAGUAUAUGCGACUGUGUGUAAUUAAGCGUAUACAAGCAUUUAUAUGCGGUCAUGCAUGUAUACCGCAUAUGUGUAUAACAAUUUGCGAAGAAAAACGUUUAAUCUAGUAUCUGAGUUGGAUUUGAGGUUCAUUGUAAUUGGCAUUGACUUUUGAAUUUUAUCAGACCAAUUUCUUUUGUGCUCUUAUAUUAAGGUUUAUUGGUGUUAGUGAAUUUGUGUUUUCGGGUGCCCCUCAUUGUGGGCAUAGUGAUAUUUCUCAUCUCCAUGAUGUGAAUUUGAAGACUGCCCCUAAAAGAUCUCGUUGAAUAAUCAAGGCUGGAGUCUCAAAGGGGUUCUUUUUGCCAAAACCCUUCAGUGGGAAUUUGGAAAGAAACACCAAUGAGCCCGAGAAUUGGCAUAUUCUAAUGCCAUAGGCCUUUGGUUGGGGAGUUUUUAAUACUCAUCUGCGGAGCUUGUGGUAAUAUCAUGUGUUUGCAUCUGUAGGGGAUCUAUAUACUUAGGUGUGUUAACUGGGGCAAUGAAAAAAAUAUUAUUUUAACUACCAAAUGCGACUCCAUGCCUUUUGUUUCGGAAAUCUGGAAUUGUUAAUCAACAAAAGAUGCUCGGUUUUUUUUUUUUUUCCAGUACAUAAAAGUCUGGAUUAUUUUCAGUUUGGAAUGAUUUACUUUUAUUCAUUUCUGAAGAUUUUGUUUGGAGGAGUUCUUAUCUUAGUUUUUUUAAGUUGGUCCCAACUAGAUUAAUUUAUCCACAUGUCCAAUCAUUUUUAUUUGACCUUUUGUGAUUGGUUGAAUUUUGUUUUGUUGGAAAAUGUAUAAUUGAGUUUCUUGAGCUUUGCAGAUAGUAAUACCAAAAAAAAAUCAUGUCUCAUCGCAAGUUUGAACACCCAAGACAUGGUUCUCUGGGUUUUCUUCCAAGGAAACGAGCCUCCCGCCACAGAGGAAAAGGUUUUCUUUGAUAUUCAAGAUAUAAUUUGUGUUCAUUUGAUGCGUUAUGAAAUUUGGAAGUUAUUAGGUGUCAAUGUUGUGGUAAUUUUGUACCUGUUGUUGCUAUUCUGAAUGAAUUUUUUCGUUGGGGAUUAAAUAUCUUCUAACAUUGCGUGCAACCUGAAAUUAACCAUUUCUUCAUAAUUUCUAGUCCCUUGAGUCCUUGAAGCUGCAAUUGUUGAUAAUUACACUCGUAUUCUUUAAGCCAAAUUUGUGUUUCGUUUAGUUGUGGCUCUAUUGCAGGAAAAUAAUCGGGAUGUUGCAUUUCCAGUACAUAAUCCUGGUCCCAAUUUUCCAUUUCAUUGCAGAGUUGUCAAUAGCCAUGCCAUUGGGUUCUAAUAAUUGAUUGCCCCUUGGUUUCUUUGCAGUGAAGGCCUUCCCCAAAGAUGAUCCAACUAAACCUUGCAGAUUGACUGCUUUCCUAGGCUACAAAGCUGGAAUGACUCAUAUUGUUAGAGACGUCGAAAAACCGGGAUCUAGCCCCUGAGUCAUUUUAUUAGUAUAUCUCCUAAUGUCAAAAGAUCAAUUUAUUCUUGUGGGAAAAAGUCAUUUAAGAAUGCCUUUCUCCCCAGAGCUACACAAGAAGGAAGCGUGUGAAGCAGUAACUGUUGUAGAAACACCACCCAUGGUUGUAGUUGGUGUUGUUGGUUAUGUCAGAACAUCACGUGGUCUUUGUUCUCUAAGCACCGUUUGGGCCCAGCAUCUUAGUGAGGACGUUAAGAGGAGAUUCUACAAGAACUGGUGCAAGUCCAAGAAGAAAGCUUUCACCAAGUAUUCCAAGAAGUAUGAAACUGAAGACGGUAAAAAAGACAUUCAGGCACAGUUGGAGAAAAUGAAGAAGUACUGCACUGUGAUUCGUGCUUUGGUUCAUACACAGAUAAGAAAAAUGAAGGGACUGAAGCAGAAGAAAGCUCAUUUGAUGGAGAUCCAGGUGAAUGGUGGAACUGUUGCCCAGAAGGUUGAUUAUGCUUAUGGAUUUUUUGAGAAGCAGGUUCCGGUUGAUGCUGUUUUCCAGAAAGAUGAGAUGAUUGACAUAAUUGGAGUGACAAAGGGGAAAGGUUAUGAGGGUGUUGUGACCCGUUGGGGUGUCACCCGUCUGCCCCGUAAGACCCACCGUGGGCUUCGUAAAGUAGCCUGUAUUGGUGCUUGGCAUCCUGCUAGGGUUUCAUUUACGGUUGCCAGGGCUGGGCAGAAUGGUUACCAUCACCGUACUGAGAUGAACAAGAAAGUUUACAGGCUUGGGAAGGCAGGCCAAGAAUCUCACUUGGCCAUGACUGAGUUUGACAGGACUGAGAAGGAUAUUACACCAAUUGGAGGGUUCCCCCACUAUGGCGUUGUGAAGGAGGACUAUCUGCUGAUAAAGGGCUGCUGUGUUGGCCCCAAGAAGCGUGUGGUCACCUUGAGGCAGUCGCUCUUGAAGCAGACAUCUAGGGUUGCCAUGGAGGAGAUUAAGCUCAAGCAUAUCGAUACAUCCUCCAAAUUUGGGCAUGGUCGGUUCCAGACAACUCAGGAGAAGGACAGGUUCUAUGGGCGGGUCAAGGCUUGAUUUGCUGGCUAGUAGAAAGAGAUCUAUUUACUCUUUAUUAAUAAAUUAUGAGUUUCUGUAGGCUUUGUCAUUUACCAGUUGGUUUGAACUCUUAUAGGCAUUGGGAUUUUGUGACUAUGAUGCCUGGGAGUCGGUGAGUUUGCUUUUUGCCACCCCUAUCAGCAAUUCUUAUGGAUGUUAUUGGGGUACUAGAUUAUUAUUUAUUAUUUUAUUAAUAAUUUUAACCUAUUAUUUAUUAUUA